AUGGGUUGGCUCAUCUUCCUGAUCAUUCUGAUCGUUCUUCUGUGUCUUGCCGGUGCAGCUGCUGCCUUCUGGUUCUUCUAUUACAAAAGAAAGAUGGGCGGUCGUGAUGAAGAGAAGGAGAUCGAGUCGGCUGCCAACACUGACAAUACUGGACAUGAUAUCUCGAGGAAAAAGUCAGUUCAAAGUUUUGUUUCAAUCAAAAGCAUCCGCAAAUUUCAAAUGAAUAGAAAUUCGUAUACGGGAUCUUUCGAUAGGAAUUUAGUUGAGGCGAAACAAUAUUUCGCUAACCAUGAUUUUAUACGUCCGUUGUCAGCAGCAGAAAUGGAGAGAGGCAAGAAAUUUUACAAUGAGCUCUCUUCCAAAGAGCAAAAUGAACUGUACAGUCUCUUUGAUGCGUCUUGUAACACAUACCUUGAUAGCAAGAGCUACAAUAGCGGUAAAACGGAGACUAUUGGAUAUUUACUCUGUUGCGAAGAUUUCGGAAUGUGCGGCACAUCGGGUGCUGAGUCUGGCUCCGCGACAAUUCGCAACUGCGACACUUCGCAACCGCAACAUUUCGCCACUAGCCAUUUCGCAACUGCGACGUUUCGCAACAACGACAUUUCGCAACCACGACGUUUCGCAACUACACCGCAUUUGCAUAUUUGGACUUCCAGACCCCUCCAGGGCUGGAUGAUCUUUCUGAUCAUUCUGAUCAUUCUUCUGUGUCUUGCCGGUGCAGCUGCUGCCUUCUGGUUCUUCUACUACAAAAGAAAGAUGGGCGGUCGUGAUGAAGAGAAGGAGAUCGAGUCGACUGUCGACACUGCCAAUACUGAACAUGAUAUCUCGGUGGAGACUUAUUGA